CGAUUUAUGCAUUGCGAGAGAGAUUGCGAUGGCACACACUUUUACUUUAAACGAGCUCGUGAAUUUGGCCAUCGGCACUCCCGAGGUGGGUGUGUGUAACUUCAACGCGCUGCAUGCACUCCUGCAUGGUAUUUUGGAACAUCUCCAACUUGGAGAGGCGCAGAAGACGGUGGAAGAAGUAGAGGCUGAGUUUAUCAAACCCAAGAGCGCCAAGGGCAAGGUUUCUGCAGGAGAAGCCCCUGCUUCAGAAGGUCCACCCAAAGAGAAUGGAAAAUCGGUUUCUCUCUUCCACCAACUGGAGGAAAAAGUUGCAAAGCUCCAAAACGCGAUGGACUUCUUGGGGCAAUUGCCCAGUGUUCCAGAACUCAUGGCCCGCAGCCAAGAGGAGGCGAGUGGUAGGAAAUACUCUCUAUCCAGCGGCAGUGGAGGGCCAGUGAAGGAAAUGUGGCAACUUAUGCAAGUCAAAAAAAAGGUGGAAGCAAACGAGGAAGGAGUACAUAAGACAAUGGGAUCACUACAAGAAUUGAUGAAUACAUUGAAUCUCUUGAGUAGUAACCAUGAAGCAAUGAAGAAGGACCUUGAAAAACUACAGCAAAGCAAAGCACGAAACACUGAAGAAACGACUCGCAAAUUGAGUACUUUUGAAGACCAGCUGAAUAAUCUGCCAGAUGCAAAAGAUUUUGUUUUGUGGAAUACUUUGCAGACAUUAUUGAAUAAAGAUCUUGAUUAUGAUGCAAAAAUUUCUUUGCUUGGUCUUCAAUCAGAAAUAGGUGAUUUUGAAACAAAUGUGGAAGGUCGGAAGGUGCCUGGAACAGAGCGUGGUCCGACCUUGAGCGCCCUGCAUCAACUGUCACAAAUGCCAAUCAGUCAUGAGGUUCUUAAAGAAAGAGUAGAUUCUCUGGAAGAUGAAAUCAGGCGACAAAUGGAAGAAAUAGAAAAGAAAGGUCUUCCUGAUGAUCUGAUGAUCAAAUUGGGUUUACUGGAGAAUGGAAUACAAAUUGCCCAGAAUGAAAAUUAUCAGGAUAGAGAAUUGUUGGCAACCCUGAAGAGGAAAUUAGAAGAAAUGGAGGAAGACUUUGAGGGCCGCCUAGGAGUACUGCAAGCUGAUCACAAUGAACUCCAGGUGAUAGGAGGGCUCAGUACUUGCUGA